AUGCAACGAACCUUUCCCCACGUCGCCGGCGGGGAUAUCGGUGAUACUGCGCGGUGUUCAUGUAAUGCGGGGGUGCGUGCAGCGGUAGCCCGGUCACGUUUGAUGGAGGUCAGAUGGUCAUAUAGUAAUUACACUUUCACCACCGGUCAUCAAGACCGGAGAACAACUUCUGUUUCGAUCUCACCCAUGGAACAAGCCACGAGAAGCACUUCACAGCCUGAUUUUGCCCAAGUUAAUAUUAUAAUGACUCUGGCUCUCCCAGAUCAUGACUGA